AUGAAUUAAAACGAUUCAAUUAAUUAAGUCACUUACACAAAGCAAUUCAAAACUGGAAUUGGGAAUCUUGGCUAUGAAAGAUCCUUCUCUGCAGGUCAAGAUGAAAUACAACCUAAGGAAAAUAAUUAUCAAAAAGUUUAACAAAAAGAAAUUAUCUGUUUUGAAGAUAGUCGAGUAACUAAAUUGAUUAUGGAAGGACACAAAUUGAUUGAAAAUUUUCGAUUAUAAUUAAUCCUUGUAAUAACUGCAUUAUGGUUUUUAGAAGUAUUAAUCCUUUUUUCAAAAUAGAUUGAUGAUGAAAUAUUCAUUGAAAAAUAAGGAUCAGACUUGAUCUUAUGGCUUACAUUUAGUCUAAAUUUGAUACUCAUUCUAUUCACUUUUUUAAGUUAUCUAACUCUAAUGAAUUAUUGGAAAUCUACUUUACUAAUUCCAAAAGAUCAAUCAUUUUAUCAUUCAGAUCAAAUGAAACCAUUUUUAAUAGAAACUAUAUUCCUAUUAAUAUUCCCUACUGUCUUUACUAGAGGUAAUAAUAAUAAUAUAUAUAUUUAAAUAGACAUACAUUUAACAUUUACUAUAAAAAACAACGAAUAUUAUUAUACUGUAAAUGAAAUUAUUAUAAUGAUAAGUACUUUAAGAUCAUUCCAAAUAUUAUUCAUAUUUUUGAGAUUAUGCAAAUUUUAUAAUAGCCAAACAUAGAGAUUAUCAUUAAAUUAUGGGAUUAUGAUGAAUCCUAAAUUUUUAUUCAAGUAUAUGAUUCAUUCUUAACCAAUCAUAUUAAUAUUAUCUAUCUUUAGUAUUACAUUUUGGUAUUGUACAAUAGCAAUGUGGAUUGCUGAAAAAGCACUUCAAAGAGAAAAUUUAUAGACUAUUUAAUUAUUGUACAUAAUUUAUAAUUAUUACUAUAGUAAACAUUGUUUCUUAGAAGUGAUUUUAUCCCUAUUGGCAUAUGCUUAUGAAGAUUAUGUUCCUGUAACUAAUUUAGGGAGAAUUAUAUUAUCAUAUGCUGCAUAUGCUGGUUUUGUAAUGGCUUCAAUCAUUAUAAGUGCAAUUAUUCAAGCAUUUGAAUAAGAAUAUGGAGAAUAUUAAGCAUGUGUUUUACUAGAUAAAUUAAUAAUGAAAGAAAGUAUGUAUCAAGUCACAAGCAAUAUUGGAGAACAAUUUUAUUAUAUAAUGAAAUUUGAUAAAAACCCUUUUACAUACAAUAGAGUUAAAAUUAUACAAACAGAAUUGAAAGAAUUUUAGAUGUUGAAGAGACAAUAUAAAAGUAUAAUCUCUGAAAAUAUAGUAAACUUAUUUAAAAGAAGAUCAAGAGAAUCUAAUGAUAUUUUAGAAGAAUAUUAAGACAUUAUGAAAAUGUGUAAAUACCAAAAUAAAUAAAUAUAAGAAAUGCUUGAAGAACUUAUUUCCUUAUAAAAUUAUCAUUAUCAUAAUUGGUAUGAUUGA